GGGUCUGUAGAUCCACUCAGAGAGGAGAGGAGAGGAGAAAGGAGCUGCUGAGGAGGUUUUUAGUCUGCGACUUGUGUUGGUGGAGGAGGAGAAGAAGAAGAGAGGAGGGCACGGUGCAGAAGGAGGAGACGAAGAGGAGAGACAAGAGCAUUUCAAAUCUGACUGGAGGAGGAGAGGUGGAUCCUGGAGAGACAGACUGGAGGAGGAAGAGAAGAAGAGGAGGAGGAAGAGGUGAAGAAGAGGAAAGAAAAAGAGGAGAGUAGCAAUGUGACUGUGAAGGAGGUGAUUGAAAGGAGGAGAAGCGAUCACAGAUGCUGUGUGAGGAGGAGAAAAGAAAAGGAGAGCUGAUGUGAUCUGGAGGAAGAGCAGGAGAAGAAGAGGAGGAAGAGGAGCAGCGGAUGACUGUGUGCAGAGACACUUAAUUGACUCGUGUUUGAGGAGCAGAUCAGAUCUUGAUGAUGGGCUGCUGUCUGUUUGUUUACUAUCGGAAGAAGAGGAAGCAGACCAGCAGGGAUGCAGACUCCCUCAGCCUGUGCAGUCUGGACAUCAACGAGCCCAGCACCAAGCGCAGUAAACUUUUAACCAGGGUGACGUCGCUGGCCAGCCUGCUGCCGCCCGUCAAGACCACGCCGCUGAAGAGGAUCGGUCAGACGCUGCAGCGCUCCAUCAGUUUUCGUAAUGAGAGCCAGACGGAGAGAGCCGCUAAUCCUCCUCCCUCGUCCUCCACGACGAAGACCCGCGUUAUCUCAGCGAAGGUCUCCAACUCUUCCUCCUCCAUGACCGCCACGCGGGUUUCCACGGCAACGGCCCCGGCCACCAAGCGCCGUGACAGCAAGCUUUGGAGUGAGACGUUCGACGUCCGUCUGGGAGCGACGCAACCUCUGAGCCCGAAAGAGAUAAAACGACAGGAGGCCAUCUUCGAGUUGGCUCAGGGCGAGCAAGACUUGGUGGAGGAUCUCAAGCUGGCAAAGAAGGCCUACCAUGACCCGAUGCUGAAGCUGUCAAUCAUGACUGAGCAGGAGCUGAACCAGAUCUUUGGUACCCUGGAGUCGCUGAUCCCCCUGCAUGAAGACUUGCUGAGUCGCCUCCGAGACGCCAGAAAACCUGACGGGUCGACGGAACAUGUGGGCCACAUCCUGACUGACUGGCUGCCCUGCCUCUCCUCCUACACAGCAUACUGCAGUAACCAGGUGAAGGCAAAGCCCCUGUUGGACCAGAAGAAGCAGGACCGGCGGGUGCAGGACUUCUUGCAGCGCUGUCUCCAGUCGCCCUUCAGCAGGAAGUUGGACCUGUGGAACUUCCUGGACAUCCCCCGCAGCCGACUGGUGAAAUACCCGCUGCUGCUCAGGGAGAUCCUGAAGCACACGCCGAACGACCACCCGGACCGGCAGCACCUGGACGAAGCGAUGCUGAUGGUUCAGAGUGUGGUGGCGGACAUCAACAGACGGACCGGAGAGUCGGAGUGUCAGUACUACAAGGACCGGCUGUUGUACACGGAGGACGGACAGAGGGACGAACUCAUCGACCGGUCCAGGACCCUCAGCUGCCACGGAGAGCUGAAGAACAACAGAGGACUCAAGCUUCACGUGUUUCUGUUCCAGGACGUCCUGGUCAUCACCAGGUCCAUCUCGCUCAGCGACCAGCCAGUCAGCUACCAGCUCUGCCGACAGCCAAUCCCCAUCCGGCAGCUGGACCUGGAGGACCUAUCAGACGGAGAGAUGAGAGUGGGCGGGUCCAUUAGAGGAGCCUUCAGCAACAACGAACGGACAAAGAACUUCUUCCGGGUUACGUACCGUACAGGAGGUCCGCUGCAGAGCCACUGCUUCCAGGCCAGUGACGCCUUCAACAAGCAGCAGUGGAUCAACUGCAUCAGACAAGCCAAAGAGGCCGCUGCACUGACCGGAGACCAGCCACCAGAGACGGGAAUAUGUCUAGAGACAGGGCUGGGUGGACAGAUAGGACCACUUGGUGAGACGGGUCUGAGUUUACGCUGUGAUUCUGGGAUUGAGGAUGAAAAGGGGACGUGGGGGGAGAUGGAAACAGGGCUGUGUUUGGAAGGAGAGGAAGGUCUGAGUGGAGAGAAAGAGGCUGGGGGGACGGAGACAGAGCAGGGUGUGGAUGGUGAGGUGGGUUUGGAAUUAGAUGAAGAAAUGGGGAGAGAUGGGGAGACAAGGCAGACGAUCAGUGAGACGGAGACAGGUGGGGAGAUGGAGACAGGGCUGGGUGUCUGUGGGGAGAUGGAGGCAGAGCCAGGAGAAAGAGCAGACUGGAAGCUGGACGGAGGAGGAGAAGGAACAGGAGAGACUCACAGCGGAGGUGCUGAUGACGUUCACACCCCUGCUCCACCUUGUCAGGAGGAGCGGGAGGAGAGGGAGGUGAUUGAGGAGGAGCAGAGCGGCGCAGAGGAGGAGGAGGAGGAGUGGGAAGAGCUCGGCAUGGACGUCGGCGAGGUUGACUCACAGACCCACAGGUGCUGAUGUACACUCGAAGGGACUGGCACUGCAGCCAAUCAAAUCAAGGACUUGACAAUGAUGUGGUGUUGAAGGACGCUGUAACUGCUGUAUCCUCACUGCUGGUCUCCGUGGUAACCACUUGGUCAACAUGACGACCUGAAACACUGGAUGCCGUGUUUAAAGACGGUGCCCUGUUCUUUUAAAUGAAAGAUUCUCACCGGGCACAGACCACAAAACCUCUUUUCUCAAGGUUCCUCAGGCUUUCCCCGUUUCUUGGCCGACUUCCCGCUGACUCCUCGCAUGUCACCAAAAUGAUUUACAGAUGCGGCGGCUCUGUGAGGUUUUAAUUUUUAUUGGAUCCAACGGCUUAAAUUCUGAAAGACAUAACAUGUAUGUAUGGUUUUAUUAUCUAUGUGUCACAUGACCUGUAGUUCCAACUCUGGAUGAACAUGUGCACCCACGAGCGUUCCCAGCCCAGCUUAGGAAGAUAAUUCAGUGAUUGGCAGUUAGUGGAGGAACAGAGGAAGUUAAUGUACCAGGGAAACUGGAAGGAACACUGAAUGUAAAAAUAAUUGGUUUGGUGCAGCAACAACCAAAAAAAACUCUACAGUGCAUCAUUAAAAAACCCACUGCUUGACCAGUUAUUUGAAACUGACAUGAAAGUGCACAUACUUUAUGAACUUGUGGAUGUUUUCAGGAUUUGUUCAGGACAUCAGGACUUUCAGCCCCGUACAGCUCUCACAGUAAUCAUCUCAAACUUGUAUCUUGAAUUUUCAUUUUUCCAGAUCAGUCCUUUGUAAUGUCUGAAAACACUGGAGAAAAUAAAGCCGUGCACCCAGUUCUGAUGGACUAUAGGUUCUAAAUCACCCAUCGGCCUGACAGUUUGGAUUCACACUGAUUAGUGUGCGUGUGAAUGUAUAUGGUCAUUCUUGGAAAAUAUUGCAAGUGAAAAAGUAAAAGUCAAUAUUGCAAAAACUGUAAGUCCCAAACAAACAGGCUACUACAGAUAAUGUUCAUGUGCAACUUCUCUGCAAAGAAAAUCAUUAUCAGUUUACCAGCAGUUGCAGGCAGCUGUUUUCAUCAAAUAGGUUCUGAUAAAGUCCCUCAAAGUUACCUGCUUAAGACCAAACUGCAGACAUACAAAGUUAGAGACUAGCCGGUGAAGAAAGUGGAACAUGAUGGAACUUUUUUUUUUUUUUUGAAGGAGUUGGUGGAGACCAAACCAGUGCUUAAAGAGAGUGAAUUCUGUAAGCUGUCAGUGAAAACAACAGUAUACAGUGAGAUGGCGAUAGCUGUGCCAAACAUGAAUUAAUGCAGUGUUAACAAUAGUUGCAUUUACACAGAAAAUAUUUUCAGUGAACGUUUUGCAGACAUGUAAAGAAAAAGUACCAUGUGGUUAGCUCACCCAAAAGAUUCGUUGAAUGGACGCAAUGGGAGACACGGUCACCAGUACAGUAUUGUAAUGUUACCACGUAGUUUUCUUAAAGCAUUCCAGAUGGGUGACAAGUGGAUUAUCAGUUGUGACCAUCUUUCCCUUUAGUUUGAACAUCCUGUAACAGCUUCCAGCUGCUGUAGGUGCUACUACAGAGACUCUGCAAAGUGAAAUGUUCAGUGUUUUAUUUCAUGGCAAUCAGAGAAGUCUUGAAGGAGGAGGCUGUUUGUAUGUACUGUACGUAUGUAAAGAUUGUAUAUUAAGUUUAUCUGUAUAUGAAUGUAGGAUGAAAGCCAAGCAUGUCUGUCUGUUUGUUUUAUGAGCUUAUACAUUACGCAAGAAAUAUAAGAAUGUCAAGACAAUCAGUUUGAUGUUAUAAAUCACCAUUUUCAGGGUAGCUGUGAUGCUGACGUUGGAUUAAAGCUACAAGUGACCACAUUUUUAAAAUGAAGGUUACAUGCACGUGUCAGAGAAGACAAAGAUAAAUGUCCCAAACAGAACCUGUUCACACUGUCUGUUCUUUAUUCUGUUCAGUAAACAAAAAAAAAUAACAAGGUAAAAUGUAGGUAUCAACUAAUGUGUGGAUUGUCACAGGACCAAAGUACCAAUAAAUUGUUAUAAAUGAA